UGGGGGGUUGUUCUGGUGGGUGUGGGAGCUUUAAUGGGAGGGGCCUCAGGGACAGGCAGGGCAGGGGCUGAUUGGAGAGGAAUUUGGAGAGCAAGAUGGAGGGGUGCUGUACCAUCAGCAUCAGCAAGAAGCAGAGUUACUUGUUCCCCACACUCCUGCGUCUCUCCACCAAAGAGCUCCCCAAAAUGCCACGAGUGCAACCUGACACCUCUUUCUGGUACUUUCCAGAGGUAGUGGAUAUCUGGGAUGUCGUGUCUGCCUACAUCCUACGACAGAUGAAGCUGGACAAGGGAGUUCUUGUCCCAGGUCUUGGGACCUUUGCUGUGGUCUGUGAGCAAGUCAACAGCACAGAAGAGGUGUAUGUGGUUCGAAGACCCGUGUUCCAGCUGGACAUGGACAUGUCCUGUCUACGGGAGCUGGUGUUCCCAGCAGUGAUGAUCCCUGGUGACAUCAUGAUCAUGCCAUUGGAUUACUGGUGGUUGUCCCAGACCAAUUCCCUCCCACCCGACGUGGUGAGGGGCUGUGUGGAGGAGACCAUUCUCUUGUACUCCUUCCAGCUGAGGGACAGGCAGCGCCCCACGUUCGCCUUUGAGAAUAUUGGCAUCCUGUCCUGCCAGGACAAUGUCCUGUGCAUGCAGUUCCACUGCAGCUGCAUUACAGGACUGGAGAUUCAGGACACCUGGGUGGCUCUGCUGCUCACAAGGCUAAGUAUGCCGGGUUCUGGUGUCAGCAAUGGAGUGACCACUGCUCAGGGGGUGCAGGCUGCACAGGCCCACAUGUUCCCCAGGUUUCAGCUCGCUGUGUCCGAUGCUUUUUCCACCCAACAUACAAAGGCUGCAGAGAAACACAGGGUCAGAACAGAGCUUCCUCCUUUCCCAGGGGAACAAGAGCAUCCUGGAAAGUUUUCCCUCCUUGUGCUACCAUACCAGAGGCCAGGCAUGAGGCAGCAAGAGCCAAGGUCAAAGCCACCUGCCAGUGUGCUCGCCCCAUGCCCAGCCAGCUCUCCGAGGAUGAGGGAGGCAGGUGGGCAGGAGUUAGCUCCUUCAGCCAGGCCUGACAUCACACUCUUGGCUUCUGAGAACUGCCAAAGAGCACUGCAGGAGAUCUCGCAGCUGUAUGCAGAAUGGGAGCAUGGGAACUCCCACUGGAGAGAACAGAAGGUGGAAUGGGCAGCAUGGGAAGCCUGGGCUGCUGGGGAGGACCAACAGAUGCCGCAGGUAUUUGGCAUUGGAGGUGCUUGGGCUCUGCACUGUCCAUCCCAGCCCCCAAGAAAGGGGGUCACUGUGAGGCGGGGGACGGCUAGAACCCCCCUCCCCACAGAGAAAAUGGCAGAGAUAUUCCAGCCUGGGACCAGACACCUUACCCCACGAGCCAUCCAGGUGCUCCAUGGGCUGGAGCCACAUCAGACACAGAGGAACAUCUUCAUGUUUUUGGCUGAGAACAACCGGCGGCGGCAGGGGCGGCAGGAGCAGCAGAGGCAGUUCUGCAGCUCUCCUGGGAGCCAGCAGGACCACCCCAAACCUGAGACCUCGAAGGAGCUGAACCGACACGAGAAAGGACAUUUAAAUCCACCAACUUUGGCUGCUGCAAGAAGACCCAUGCCAGAAAUCCAACAGCUGUGAACUCUUUUCUCCUCCCGUCCCCAUAGACAAAGAAGGGUGGUUGCAAUCUUUGCCUUGGCCAUGCAGCAAGGUAUUGUGAAAAAUGUUUUUGUGAUUCGUGUCAACUGGCAAUGGAAUCAGUCGAAAGUGGAUACGUUCCCUGGGAUAACUACAAAGAACGGUUUUGAAAUUUUCUGACCGAAUAGCCAAAUAAAGCACCGAACAAGAAAAUAGAAGAAGUAUAGUAGAGUAUAGAGAUGAGGUGGCAAAAA